UCUGAGAGACAGAGCAAGAAACAGAGUGAAGAAGAUAAAGCAAAGAAAACAAAAAAUGGCAACGGUCACGAUUCUUUCUCCUAAAUCAAUCCCAAAGAUCAUGGAUUCAAAGCUCGGAGUUAAGGUUCCUGACCAGACCACCGUCGUAAAAUGCUGUCGGAGAUUGAGGUUAGCUAAGCUUGUCUCAGCUGCAGGAUUGUCACAGAUUGAACCAGACAUAAACGAAGACCCGAUUGGUCAGUUCGAGCUUAACAGCGUUGAAAUGGAGGAUUUCAAGUAUGGAUAUUACGAUGGUGCUCAUACUUACUAUGAAGGAGAAGUUGAAAAGGGAACAUUUUGGGGAGCAAUAGCAGAUGACAUUGCUGCUGUUGAUCAAACGAACGGGUUUCAAGGUUUAAUCUCUUUGUUGUUUCUUCCUGCUAUAGCUGCAGGAAUGUAUUUUGAUGCUCCGGGUGAGUAUUUGUUCAUAGGUGCAGCAUUGUUCACGGUAGUGUUCUGUAUAAUAGAGAUGGAUAAACCAGAUCAGCCACACAACUUCGAGCCACAGAUAUACAAAUUGGAGAGGGGAGCUCGUGACAAGCUCAUUAGUGACUACAACUCAAUGAGCAUAUGGGACUUUAAUGACAAGUAUGGUGAUGUAUGGGACUUCACCGUCGAGAAAGAUGAUAUCGCUACUAGAUAAAGAAAGAUAUGGAUUCUAAUCUCAUUAUAUAUAAUAUCAUGACUUUUGAUGUAAACUGUUUAUACAAUUCUAUACAAUGUGUAUAAUAAUCUAGAUUGUUCAUUCUCUUGAAAUUUUGUUUUAGUC